GACACCGGUUCAUUCUGGGAGAUCUCGCUUCCCAUUUUCCUUCGCGUCGCCUACACAAUACCCCUUCCCAGCGAGGCCCAACACGGUAAGGAAUUCUUAAUCGAUCAGCCAGGAUGGCUUCAAAAGAAGAUCAGCCCGUUGACAACAGAGAUGUCACCGACAUCCUCGACGCGGAGGGCAAGGAAUGGGAAAAGGAUGCCGAGAUCGACCGCAUCCUCAAGGCCUUCCGGCUCGACGCCUACGCCGUGCUGGGCCUGAAGCCCGGCGUGCCCGAAUCGGACAUCAAGGUCCUCUACCGCAAAAAGUCCCUGCUCAUCCACCCGGACAAGACGAGGAACCCACGUGCGCCCGACGCCUUUGACCGGCUCAAGAAGGCGCAGACGGAGCUGAUGGACGAGAAACACCGCGCGGUGCUGGACGAGGCCAUCGCCGAUGCGCGCAUGCUUGUCCUGCGGGACCUGAAGCUGACGGUCGACAGCCCCGAGGCCAAGGAGCCCGACGCCGAAUUUGAGCGCAAGUGGGCGGACAAGACCAAGAUGGUGCUGAUCGACAACGAGCAGAGGCGGCGGCGCCAGCUCAAGGCACAGAUGCAGGAGGAGGGCCGCGAGCAGCGCAAGGAAGACGCCGAGCUCGAGGAGAGGAAGAGGAAGAGGCAGCACGAGCAGGACUGGGAGGCCACCAGGGACCAGAGGAUUGGCUCGUGGAGGGCCUUUCAAAAGGGCAAGUCGACCGGAGGCCCCGACGGCCCGAGUAAGAAGAAAAAGAAGAUGAAGCCCAUUGGCUGAGAGAGAGCGAGAGGGAGUGAGAGAAAGAGACCACGCGAGAAGGCUUGAAUGGCUAGAUCAUUUGCUUACUCUACAGGCGUGAUUUUACGUAGCAUAUGCGGCGAAUCCGAGCAACGCUGGGCGGAUUUCGGUGUCACUUUUGAUGUUGCACCGCGGACACGCCAUACGAUAGAUACCAUGGGUUUCCCUACACUGCUAGGCUUUUGCAGUAUGCAAAGCAAAUUCAAUUCUUUGAUUCACUG